AUUGGAACCUCUUUGAGUCGUUUUCCUCACCUCACGACUCACUCCGUCAGGCGUACAUUUGAGCAAUUUAUUUUUCAACAAAAUAAUUGUUAAUAUUGUAAUUAAUUAGUUCAUUAAUAUGUCGAGGGGCAGUAGCGCAGGGUUCGACAGGCAUAUAACUAUUUUUUCCCCGGAAGGACGGCUCUACCAAGUGGAGUAUGCAUUUAAGGCAAUCAACCAAGGUGCUUUGACCUCGGUUGCCUUAAAAGGUGUUAAUUGUGCCGUUGUUGCCACCCAAAAGAAAGUCCCAGAUAAAUUAUUAGACCCCGCCACAGUGACCCACCUUUAUAAAAUAACCGAUGAGGUUGGAUGCGUUAUGACAGGAAUGAUUGCUGAUAGCAAGUCUCAGGUUCAAAGAGCCAGGUAUGAAGCAGCAAAUUUCCAUUACAAGUUCGGGUAUGAUAUGCCCAUUGACAUAAUUUGCAACCGUAUCGCUGAUAUUUCUCAAGUUUACACUCAAAAUGCAGAAAUGAGGCCUCUUGGUUGUAGUAUGAUGUUGAUCGCAUAUGACAAAGAAAAAGGUCCUUUAGUCUACAAAACUGAUCCAGCAGGCUAUUUCUGCUCAUAUCGUGCUGUGAGUGUCGGUGCGAAACAAACUGAAGCCAAUGCUUAUUUGGAGAAGAAACUGAAAAAGAAACAAGAGUUUUCAACAGAUGAAGCAAUUCAGCUUGCUAUUUCAUGCCUUUCAACUGUUUUGUCAGUUGAUUUCAAACCAUCAGAAGUAGAAGUUGGACUCGUCACAGAGUCAGACAGAAAAUUCAGAGUAUUAACGGAACAAGAACUUGAUAAGCAUUUAACAGUUAUUGCAGAGAAAGAUUAAGUCUUUUUUGUAUGCUGAAUAAAAUAAAACUAAAAAAUGGAAAAAAAAAGAACUUGCAAGUAUAAACGGUGUUUGUUAAUUGAAGAUUAUAUUUCUCUACACUCUUUUUAAUGUUCUGCUUACAAAAAAUAAAACAAUAUUCUUAUUUCA